CUCUAGUUAGAUGGUCCUACGGGAGCGGUGGGUUUGCCACAGAGAGAGUGUCCCUGCCCGACAGCUAGCUAGUUCUGUGACCUUGGGCCAGUGACUUCAUCUUCCUAGUCUCGGUUUCUUCAUCCCAAAAUGUGAAUGAUGCUUGCCUCAGGGAACAGUUGUGAGGAUUAAGCGAGAUAUGGUAUCUGAAAAGAUCUAUUCCUUCUCCUGUGAUUAUUCUUGAGGUGGAUGGUACCUUGAGGAUGCCGUGGCAUCUGCUGGGCAGCCUCACAGCCUUCUCGUUCCUUCUCUCCACUAGAGGUCCCUUUGGAAGCAGUAAUGAUGACUUAAACAAGGGCUUGUCCUGCCUUACAAGAUUCCUCAACCAUCAGAGUUUCUGAUGCAAUUUUUGGGUAUCCAUUAUGGACCAGGCAUUGGGACAAUAAGGCGAAAAAUUCUAGUGUUUGCUCUCAAGAGUCUCCAAGAAUAGUGGCGGAGACUGAGAAGUAACAGAUAUUUGUAGCCCUUUUCCCUGAGGGAGAUUGUGGGAACAACAGAGGAAGGAGAGCCUAAGAAAGGGAGAGGAGACAGGAGGUUGUAUUUGGGUUAAUCUUAGUAGAAGUUUGCUAAGAGGCCAUAGAGAGAAAAGGUGUAAAAUGAGAGCUUUGUUACGAAUGGAAGCUUAAUGGAGUGUACUUAUAUGUUGUGGGUAGGGGACAGGACAGGGCUCUGUCUGUGAGAAAGGCUGGCAGAGGGGGCAGAAUGUGAGCAGUUUUGUAAGCCAGGCUCUGUAGUUUAGAAUUAUUCAUAGAGGUGGUUUGGAGCCAUUGGAGGAGUUCUGAGCAGAGGAGUGGUCUGUGUUUUAAAAUGAUGACUGGAGUGGCAGCAUGGAUAUUUGAUAGAGGAGAGGCAAGAAGUAGGGAACUUGUUAGAAAGCUGUUGCAAAAGUUCAAUCAACAGUUGAUAGAAAAAAGUCUAAAAUAAGAAGGUGUAGAGAAGGGAGAGGGAUGGAUGAUCUCAUUUGAACCUCACAACAUUCCUAUUAGGUUGCAUAGUGUUUUUAAUGUCCACAUUAAAGAUGAAGAAACUGAGACCUAGAGAGCUGAAAUGCCUUGCCUUCCAUCACAGGGGAGAAAGAGAGAGCGUGAAAGAGAGAGAAUGUCUCUCUCAGACUGGCACCUGGCGGUGAAGCUGGCUGACCAGCCACUCGCCCCAAAGUCCAUUCUGCGGUUGCCAGAGACAGAGCUGGGAGAAUACUCGCUGGGAGGCUAUAGUAUUUCAUUUCUGAAGCAGCUCAUUGCUGGCAAGCUGCAGGAAUCUGUUCCAGACCCUGAGCUGAUUGAUCUGAUCUACUGUGGCCGGAAGCUAAAAGAUGAUCAAACCCUUGACUUUUAUGGCAUUCAACCUGGGUCCACAGUCCAUGUUCUGCGCAAGUCCUGGCCCGAGCCUGAUCAGAAACCAGAACCUGUUGACAAAGUGGCUGCCAUGAGGGAGUUCCGGGUGCUGCACACUGCCCUGCACAGCAGCUCGUCCUACAGAGAGGCGGUCUUUAAGAUGCUCAGCAAUAAGGAAUCUCUGGAUCAGAUCAUUGUGGCCACCCCGGGCCUCAGCAGUGACCCUAUUGCUCUUGGGGUUCUUCAAGACAAGGACCUCUUCUCUGUCUUCGCUGAUCCCAACAUGCUUGAUACGUUGGUGCCUGCCCACCCGGCCCUGGUCAAUGCCAUCGUGCUUGUUCUGCACUCGGUGGCGGGCAGCACCCCGCUGCCAGGGGCCGACUCCUCUUCCCGGAGCAUGCCCUCCAGCGUGUACCGGGACAUGCCAGGUGGCUUCCUGUUUGAAGGGCUCUCAGAUGAUGAGGAUGACUUUCACCCAAGCACCAGGUCCACGCCCUCUAGCAGCACACCCAGCUCCCGCCCAGCCUCCCUGGGGUACAGUGGAGCUGCUGGGCCCCGACCCAUCACCCAGAGUGAGCUGGCCACUGCCCUGGCCCUGGCCAGCACUCCAGAGAGCAGCUCUCACACGCCGACUCCUGGCACCCAGGGCCAUUCCUCAGGGACUUCACCAAUGUCCUCUGGUGUCCAGUCAGGGACGCCCAUCACCAAUGAUCUCUUCAGUCAAGCUCUACAACAUGCUCUGCAGGCCUCUGGGCAGCCCAGUCUCCAGAGCCAGUGGCAGCCCCAGCUGCAGCAGCUGCGUGACAUGGGCAUCCAGGAUGACGAGCUAAGCCUCCGGGCGCUGCAGGCCACUGGGGGGGACAUCCAAGCGGCCCUGGAGCUCAUCUUUGCUGGAGGAGCCCCCUGAACUCCCAGCUCCUCCCCAGCCCUCAGCAGGCUGCAAAGGCUGCUGCCCAUGGGAGGCACUCGUGAAAGUGCCGCCAUCUGUCUUCUCCCCAAUACACCUAUCCGAUGGUCAGCUCUC